CCGGGGUAAACAGCGGUUGUGAAGUGAGACGCGUGCCACAACUUCACCCGAGUUAAUUAAAAAAAAAAACCAAACCCCUCAGUGUAAGACAACCUAGAAACAAAAAAAAUGUCUCGCCAUAGGAAUGUCCGAGGUUAUAACUACGAUGAAGGUAGAUUUCGUGCACAAUUUUGAGGAUGACGACAUUUACGGACACUCGGUGGACGACGACUACUGCAUCUCUCCCGCCACGGCCGCCCAGUUUAUCUACUCUCGUCAGGACUCGAGGCACACGCAACAAGUAGAGCCGCUGGAGGAGGAAGAACAUGAGGAGGAGGAGGAUGAGAUGCCAGUCUCUCCCUCUGUUGCGCAUAUGCUUGACCCGCUGGAGCAAGGGCGCUUGUUCUCCUGUUUGGACCAGAUGAGAGCCGUUCUGGGAGACUCUGUCCCUGACACCACGCUCACCCAGACUGCUCUGAAGUAUGACUGUGAUCCCCACCGAGCUCUUGACUCCAUUUUGUCCGCUGAAAGUAGCAGCAGCACGCAGACGACCGCCCCCAAAACGCAGCCGCCGCUCCCCGCGGUGCCCCCGACGCACAAAGUGCUGGUAGGUCCAGUUCAGUUUGGUGGACAUGAUCGAGAAAGCCUGUACUUCUUGGGUUUGUCUAAAGCCCGCGAGGGUCCCGAGACUCGUCUGGACCCUGAGGUGGUUCCGAAGGUGGCCCGGAUGACGGUCUCUGGGAAAAAGCAGACCACGGGCUUUGAUGUUCCCAGCUCGGAGGAGGACAGCGUGAGCACGGCGGUCCGUAGAGGCCCGAGCCCGGAGGCCAGGCCCCCAGCACUGGAGAUGCCCCCCAAAUCGGCGGGCCUGGUGGAGGACCCUGCCGCCCCGACACCCCCACGCUCCACCAGCAAGAGCAAACAGCAGCUCAACAUCCGCGCCGAGCUGGAACAACGGCAGGGUGGCAAGCCACUUCUCAACCUGGUCGUCAUAGGUCAUGUGGAUGCUGGUAAAAGCACUCUGAUGGGGCAUCUCCUGUAUUUGUUGGGCCAUGUAAACAAGCGCACCAUGCACAAGUACGAGCAGGAGGCCAAAAAAGCAGGCAAGGCAUCUUUCGCCUACGCCUGGGUGCUGGAUGAGACCGGCGAGGAGCGGGACAGAGGGGUGACCAUGGACGUAGGGAUGACCAAGUUUGAGACAGAUUCCAAAGUUGUCACUCUGAUGGACGCUCCAGGACACAAAGACUUUAUUCCCAAUAUGAUCACUGGGGCGGCACAGGCGGAUGUCGCUGUGCUGGUGGUGGAUGCCAGCCGGGGUGAGUUCGAGGCUGGCUUCGAGGCAGGCGGGCAGACGAGAGAGCAUGCCCUGCUGGUCCGAUCUCUCGGUGUCACUCAACUCGCUGUUGCUGUCAACAAGAUGGACCAGGUGAACUGGCAGCAGGAGAGGUUCCAGGAAAUCACCUCCAAACUUGGUCACUUUCUAAAGCAAGCUGGGUUCAAGGAGACUGAUGUGUAUUACGUCCCCACCAGUGGACUUUCAGGAAAGAACCUCACCAGCAAGAGCAAAGAUGCAGAGCUCACAGCCUGGUAUAAAGGACCAUGCCUGCUGGAGCAGAUAGAUGCGUUCAAAGCUCCUCAGAGGUCUGUGGAGAAGCCCUUCAGACUGUGCGUCUCGGACGUCUUUAAAGAUCAGGGCUCAGGAUUCUGUGUGACGGGGAAGAUUGAAGCUGGGUUCAUUCAGACAGGAGACCGAGUGUUGGCCAUGCCUCCCAAUGAGACCUGCACCGUGAAAGGUAUCACUCUUCAUGAUGAGGUGUUAGACUGGGCAGCUGCAGGUGACCACGUUAGUCUGACCGUCACAGGGAUGGACAUCAUAAAGAUUAAUGUUGGUUGUGUGUUCUGUGACCCCAAGGAGCCAAUAAGAGCAUGUUCUCGUUUUCGGGCCAGAAUCCUGCUGUUUAAUAUAGAAGUCCCAAUAACACAAGGCUUCCCUGUAUUGUUACACUACCAGACAGUAAGUGAGCCUGCUACCAUCCGGAAACUCAUCAGUGUAUUGCACAAAAGUAGUGGAGAGGUUCUGAAAAAGAAACCAAAAUGUCUGAGUAAAGGACAGAAUGCUGUGGUUGAGAUUCAGACCCAGCGGCCUGUAGCCCUGGAGCUCUAUAAAGACUAUAAAGAACUGGGGCGCUUCAUGCUUCGGUAUGUCGGCUCUACCAUCGCCGCUGGAGUAGUCACAGAGAUCAAAGAGUAAACAGCAACUGUCCCAUGAUCCUUCUGAGCAAGCUGCCUAGAGAAAGGAGCCACUGAACAGAAGCGCAGAUCCAUCCAUACCUGGAUACCUCUCUCUCUGUCCCUCACUCACACUUCUCUCCCUCUCCUCCAUUUCCUUCUUCAGCCUUCUCUCUACAUCCAGAGGGGUUUGGGCAGGUGUGGGUGUCUGUGUUUUAACCUAAGACUCCUCUCAUCAUCUCUUUAGGAAUAAUUAACACCACACACAGACAUAGAAACACACACUCACACCACCUGUAUUCUCUUUGUUCCAUUCAUCUAUUACGUCCCUAAUGAACAAACUGAGGAGGGGUGUAUCAGUUGUUUUAUUGUUUUAGUUUUCUUUAUUUUUAUUAAAUUGAAUGUAAUUCUUCAUUUGCAUAUGUGGGCGAUGUUUAAAAAAAAAAAGAAGAAGAAGAAAAGAGCAUGGUGUCAUGUCUUUAGGGUGUAAGGACAUUCAUGAUUUAUUAAUGAAGGGCUUUGUUUGUAUUUCCUGUUACCCCCAGUAGCAUUCAUUAAUAUAACCUGCAGCUUAGCGUCACGUAUCUUGUGCGGCUGACCCACCUGUAUCUUCGAUACAAACUGACUGAUUAGGACCCGUCACAUCCUUUACGCGAUCUGCGCUUGUUGAUGAUGCCGCUGCUCUCACCUCCAGACCUGAAAUAGCGCUAAAGAGGGUCGGGGUGAAAGGUGAGACCCCCAACAGCACAGACGAGCUGAGCAGUGUACGCAUGCCCAUGGCUGCCGUGUAGAAGGCAGAGCAGGAGUUCUUUCAGGACCGUUCGUUGUCCCGCCAAAAAUAUAUAUAGUUUAGAUUUAUUGAAACAACAUAUUGAACCAACUUUAAAAAGCUCCUUCAACAAGAAAAUAAAGUGAUGGAAAUGACUGCAA